CGCUCUGGACCUGGGAGGAACAAAUUUCCGAGUUCUGCUCGUUAGGGUGUCCAGUAAUGGGAAGCAAAAGGUGGAGAUGGAGAACCAGAUCUACGCUAUUCCAGAGAACAUCAUGAGGGGCAGCGGGACAGAGCUCUUCGAUCACAUCGCUGAAUGCUUGGCUAAUUUCCUUGAGAAACUGGGCAUCAAAGACAAGAAGCUGCCUCUUGGCUUUACCUUUUCGUUUCCUUGCCAGCAGACCAAGCUAGAUGAGAGUUUUCUGGUGUCCUGGACCAAAGGUUUUAAGGCGAGUGGAGUGGAGGGGAGAGAUGUUGUGGGCCUGUUGAGAAAAGCCAUCAAGAAGAGAGGGGAUUUUGACAUUGACAUUGUGGCUGUGAUCAAUGACACUGUCGGCACCAUGAUGACCUGCGGCUACGAUGACCAUCACUGUGAGAUCGGCCUCAUCGUCGGGACGGGCACCAAUGCAUGCUACAUGGAGGAGAUGCGUCACCUGGAGCUGGUGGAUGGAGAUGAAGGGCGCAUGUGCGUGAACAUGGAGUGGGGUGCGUUCGGCGACGACGGUGCAUUAGACGACAUCCGCACCGAAUUCGACCGAGAGAUCGACGCUGGCUCCCUCAACCCUGGAAAACAGCUGUUUGAGAAGAUGAUCAGUGGGAUGUAUAUGGGUGAGCUGGUCAGACUGAUCCUGGUGAAGAUGGCUAAAGACGGCCUGCUCUUCCAGGGACACACCACUCCAGAUCUGCUCACCACUGGCCACUUCCAGACCUCCUUCGUCUCUGCCAUCGAGAAUAAAAAGAGCAGCGAGGGUCUGCUGAGAGCGGAGCAGGUUUUGAGAGGACUGGGGCUGGACUCGUCUCCGGAGGACUGCGUGGCCGUACAGAGAGUGUGUCAGAUUGUCUCGACACGAGCAGCUCAUCUCUCAGCUCAUCUCUGUGCCGCCGCGCUCGCAGCUGUCCUGCGGCAGAUCCGGGAUAACAAAGCCACAGAGAGACUGCGCACCACUGUUGGCGUGGACGGAUCGGUCUACAAGAACCACCCACAGUUUGCCCGGCGACUGAAUAAGAUGGUGCGGUUAUUGGUGCCAGACUGCGAUGUGCGUUUCCUUCGCUCGGAGGACGGCAGCGGUAAAGGGGCAGCGAUGGUCACUGCUGUGGCGUACCGAUUGGCGAAGCAGCAUGCAGAGCGCCAGCGUAUCCUCGACAGCCUCCGCCUCGAUCGAGAUCAGCUGCUGGAGGUGAAGAGAAGGAUGGAGGAGGAGAUGAAGCGAGGCUUGGCUGAAAAAGCACACACCACGGCUGCUGUCAAAAUGCUGCCCACCUUUGUGCGCGCCACGCCGGAUGGAACAGAGCGUGGCGACUUCUUGGCACUGGAUCUGGGCGGCACAAACUUCAGGGUGCUCUUGGUGCGUGUUCGAAGUGGGAAAAGACGGAGCGUUGAGAUGCAUAAUAAGAUCUACACCAUCCCUCAAGACAUUACCCAGGGCACCGGCGAGGAGUUAUUUGAUCACAUAGUGCACUGCAUUGCUGACUUCCUGGAGUAUAUGGGUAUGAAGGGAGCAUCGCUGCCUCUGGGAUUCACCUUCUCGUUUCCCUGCCAUCAGACCCGACUGGAUCAGGGAAUCUUGAUAAAGUGGACAAAGGGCUUCAAGGCCUCGGGGUGUGAGGGAGAAGAUGUGGCCACGCUACUGAAAGACGCCAUCCAUCGCAGUGAGGAGUUUGAACUGGAUGUGGUAGCAGUGGUGAAUGACACCGUGGGCACCAUGAUGACUUGUGGGUACGAGGAUCCUCAAUGUGAAGUUGGGCUUAUUGUCGGCACAGGAACUAAUGCAUGCUACAUGGAGGAGAUGUCAAACGUUGAGCUGGUGGAUGGGGAUGAAGGUCGUAUGUGUGUGAACAUGGAGUGGGGAGCGUUUGGGGACCGCGGGGAGCUGGAUGACGUUUGCACGGAGUUUGAUCGAGCCGUGGAUGACCAGUCCACUUACCCUGGGAAACAGCGAUAUGAGAAGAUGAUCAGCGGGAUGUAUCUCGGAGAGAUCGUCAGAAACGUGCUCUUGGACUUCACUGCCAAAGGCCUGCUUUUCCGUGGCAAACUUUCAGAGAGACUGAAAACACGCGGUAUCUUCGAAACCAAGUUCCUGUCGCAGAUCGAGAGCGAUCGUUUGGCGCUGAGGCAGGUGCGCUCCAUCCUGCAGCACCUGGGUUUGACCAGCAGCACGUGUGAUGACAGUAUUCUCGUGAAGGAGGUUUGCAGUGUGGUGUCCAAACGUGCGGCCCAGCUGUGUGGAGCCGGUCUGGCGGCCGUGGUGGACAAGAUACGACUGAACCGCGACCUUGAGAAGCUCAGCAUCACUGUUGGAGUGGACGGCACGCUCUACAAACUCCACCCGCACUUUGCCAGCAUCAUGCGGGAAACCUUAAGAGACCUGGCCCCCGACUGUGAGGUUACUCUCGUCCAAUCAGAAGAUGGCAGCGGAAAAGGUGCCGCCCUCAUCACGGCCGUGGCUUGUCGAUUAAGAGACGCUAGAAAGUAGAGACUGAACAAAAUAACGUAAAGGGGAAAAGAUAACGAGGGAGAAAUUACACACCGAGCUUCCAGAGAUGUGACCUUACUGAAACAACACUCCUGUCUGUAAAAGAAUGUAUCUUAUUUAUUUUUGUUGCAUUUUGUGCUGUAGGUCAUGCAUUGCAAGGACUUGGCAUAUGCUGAUGGGGGGUUGUUUGUAGAAAAGGGGGAAAAAAUUCAUAACCAUUAUGUGUAUUGUUACUGAUUUGAAUUACUGUACUGU